GAUCCAACAGCUGCAUCUAUCUCAGACAGAGACUGCGAUGCAAGGGAGGGAGAGACCGUAGCCAUGAACUAUAAACCAUCCCCACUUCAGGUGAAACUAGAGAAGCAGCGGGAGCUAGCUCGGAAGGGGUCGCUGAAGAAUGGCAACAUGGGAAGCCCAGUUAAUCAGCAGCCCAAGAAGAACAACGUGAUGGCCCGAACAAGGCUGGUUGUUCCCAAUAAAGGCUAUUCCUCAUUAGAUCAGAGCCCAGAUGAAAAGCCACUGGUCGCCCUGGAUACGGACAGCGAUGAUGACUUUGACAUGUCCAGAUAUUCCUCCUCGGGAUAUUCUUCAGCUGAGCAGAUCAACCAAGACUUGAACAUCCAGCUGCUAAAGGAUGGCUAUCGGUUAGAUGAGAUCCCAGACGAUGAAGACCUCGACCUAAUCCCCCCUAAAUCCGUCAACCCCACCUGCAUGUGCUGCCAAGCCACCUCCUCCACCGCCUGCCACAUCCAGUAAUGAGGACAGCAAGCUGUGAUCAGUGCUUUCCACUAUAACUGUAAAACUUAACAGCCAUUGCUUCCUCCUAUGGUAGGACGUGCACCUCUUUGUGUUCAUGGAGCCAGGAGAACCCAAAACUCCAUUUUAUGGUUGGUUGAUGAGUUGUUUGAAGCUGUGGGUAACAGACAGAAGUGCUCAAAAUGCAGGGUUGGAGCCUGAGAAAUUAGCUGUUCUGAGUCCCGUGAUCCCUCAGUCUCUGCAGACUCUAGGUCUGGUGUGUAACGUGUAUGUACUGGAUUGAAAUGGAGCCAAUGUGGCUGCAGUUAAUCCUACCCGUCCUACCUAAUCCAACUGCAAGCUCAACUCCGAGAUGCGAGGUCUUUCUAACCGAGGGGAAGGUCAGUUUUUAACUCACUCCCUGAAACGGAUGAGUUUGUGGCAACCAGAAUUGUACCAGAUCGGAACAGAGUGCAGUAUUCUAGAUUAUGGAAAUGCUGCUGGCAAGAAUUAAUCCAUUACAUGCAAACAGAGCAUGUGGGUGGCAUUUCUUUCUGGGUACUACCAAACUUUACUUGGACUGUCACGUCACAAUCUGAUGUAACCUACUGUGAUCUCCAUAUCAAAUUAGCACCAAAUAGAUCAAAUUCUCUCCACAAUCCAUCCUGAAUUCAGUUUAUUCCCUGUAGUAAACAUACCAUAUCCAUGAAUUCAACCUAGCAUAUUUAUUGGGAUUUGCUUCCAACAAUUAGGGAGAUUUUUGGGGCCUGACCGCUGGCAAAAAUCAUAAUCCUUAUCCAUUCAAGGAAAAUAUAGAGAGAGACCUAAGACUAAUCUUAAUGAUGUAGGUUUAGGGCUUGUCUUCGCUACAUGGUGUAUCGACUCAGCAAUCGAUUGAUCAUGUCUGCUUAGUACAUCGACUUCAGCUAUGCUGUUCGUGUAGCUGAGGUUGAGUAUCUUAGAUCGGCAGGGGGCAUAGUGCAGAUUAGGUCUUAAGGUCAGUACCAGAAAAGCACGUUGAAGAAAGCCCAUGGUUCUUACAGUGCACACAGGUUCACGGUAUCUUGUCUUUGAGUCUCUUCGUGCCUCCAGAAGAGAUGUACCAGUUCUCUGUGGCUGCGCAUUUACGGUUGCCUUGUGUUAGCAGGCUAGGCAACUGGUCCACAACAAGAGGACAGAACAGCUGCCCUGCGUGAGAAACAUGAGAAGAGUAUUGGUGCCCUAUUUGGAGACAGCCUCAGCUUGGGUUAGGGUUGUGCCGGUAGUGAUGGGACAAGGCCAUGCGUGUUCAGGAAACAUGCCUCUAAGAUCAGUUGAUUUACGACAUCGCCAGUUCAGGUUCGUUCUUAAUGCAAGGGAAUUUCCAGAAUUACAAACCAUAUGGUCUCCUCUUAGUAUUUUGUCUAAGAUUUUGGAGCAAAAAGGGUCCAAGAGGCCGGUGAAUGUAGGGUCUGCGCUGCUCAUGCCAUCAAACUAAAUUCCUUGACAUGAAACAUGCCUAUGUAUUCUUCUGCUUUUUCAGGCGGGACAAUGAGUACCAGCCUCACUUUUAGUGCUUGCUCCAGGUAUUUGCGAUGAAAAUAUGUGAGGAAAACCAAACCAUUUUUUCAGUCUAAACUUCUUCUGGGAAUUCCUUCAUAAUGCCACAAACAGGCGUAAAUGUCACUUCUUCAGAGUAAAAAAUCCUUGUGUAAAAGUUAGAUGCAGUCAACUGAAUCUUUAAAAGGACACUGUCAGCUGUUUUUAAUUGUUUUAAUCACUUUUACGCUGUAUAUAGCAAGAUGCAGUGUUACCUAGUGGUCAGAGCACGGGCUCCAGAGUGCCAGCCUCACCACUCACUUUUGUGGCCUUGCGCAAGUCAUUCAAAUUGUGAUUUCCCCAUCUGUAAAAUGGCAAAAUACUUACCUGCCUCACGAAGCAUUGUGAGCAUUAACUGCAGUUAUUUAUAAGUGCUCUCUGUCCUUUUGCAAAUCCUCCGAGACUUUUGGAAAAUGAAUAUUCCUCUAUUGAUCUUGUUCCUUUUAAUCAAUGGGCAGUUUUCCCAUACGUUUCUAGAGAAGCACAAAUCGUCAAGGCCUCCAUUUGUUCUUCACUCCCAUUGCAUGCCCACGUCACCUGUGUGGCCAGCAGAAAUGGCGCUCCACUUUGGAGUAGCUACUCAGAAGAGGAGCGCUCAGACAAUGGUCCAUGCAGAGUCAAGGUGGCUUUUGAUGUGGGGGAGUAACGAAUGGACAAUACGGUCACAUCUUUUUUUAAAGAAUCAAAUUAUGCACUAAAAUGAUACGACAGUGUCCCUUUAAAACUGUCAGUGCAGAUUUUCAGACUGCUGACUAAUACUUUAGAGACUGGGUCAACUUAGUGUAGUCUUUAUAUGAGCACCAACGUCUUCAUCGUUUCCAUCCUCUGGAUCAGCUUUCAUAGCAUCAGGCAGAGCUGUUCAGCCGCCUCACUGGGGGCAUUACCUGGAAGGGGCCAAGUGCCCCAGAGCACUGCACCUAAUCUGCAUACCACUCCCAGCAUGCAAAGCCCCUGUUCUUGUCCCCUGUGGGUCCUUGUAUGCCGCUCAAGAGGGAGCACUGCAUGCUGGGAUUAAUAGUCAUCAUUAGGGUUGCCAGGUGACCGGUAGUGACCUGGACAGUCUGGUAUUUUCGCCUCCUGUCCGGUAAAAAAAAUUCAGAAAAUACCGGACACCUAAAAUGUCUGGUAUUUUCUGAUUUUUUUUCCCCUGCCAGGAGGUGAAAAUACCAAACACCUGGCAACCCUACCCACACUCAGCCCCCGAAUCCCUCCCAGGGCCUCUAAGCCCCCCGGACUCCCCGCUUACCUGGUUCCGCAGAGAAGCUGUCUUCUGGCUUGAUCAGGAAAACAAGAUGGCCACUGGCAAAAAGCUUCAAAUGCUCUUCUUAAAGGGGCCAUGUUGUUUUAUUUUUAAUUUUU